CCCCCCCUAACCCCCCACCCCCGUCUCGCUGCCUCGGUAGGCAUGGUGCAGGAAGCUCAGGCCGUGGUCACCUGUUGCAGCUGUAGUCUGGGAAUAUGGACAAGUCGGAAGUAGGGCUCUAAUUGUGGGUUGAAAUAUGUUGUGGACACAUAUAGUGGCUGUUAGUCUACGAGGAACUCGCUCUUCCAGUUCAGCUUUGCUCCAGAAAUGCUGACGUGUUGGUCUCGUGCCUCUGGUGUCUGGAUGAAUAGGGGGUUGUGCUGUCCGGCCUCCUGCAGCUGACCGAGAGGUGGGAGGUCAGCAGUGCCCAGUGCCCUGCAUUUGCUGGGGUCUCCCCAAAUGCAGCCAUGUGCCCACUGCCUCAUCUGAAUGGUGUUUGCCUUGCUGGGUGGCCCACAGGGUCGUGAGCCCACUGGGAUCUGCAGGCUGGUGGGUACAGCCACCAAUUCUGGUGGUUCCGCAGGAGACCUCCUGCGUACAGCUCUCAGCCCCACUAGCUUAGAUGUGUUUUCUUGUUGCUUUGUCCCCACUUUGGGACAGGUCACAAUGCUUUAUUUCAGCCUUCAGUCCCUUUCACAGCCAGCAGGUAAAGAAGUAGUUCAGAGCCAAAGUGCGUGGUGGCUGUAGCCCGCCACAGGAGCACGUUCCUCACUAACUGCAGAGCUCAGCCAAGCGAGCAGCAGAGAAUGCUCUUUGCCACUCAGUUCUGGGGCCUGCACUGCUCUGAGAAGUUUAUCAGGUCACUUUACUGAGAAAGCUACUGUAUAUCUCUGCAUUCCAGUAUCUGUAUUUUAACUGUUUGAUUAUUAACUUCUGAUAAAAGGAGAAAGCUCUUUGGGCUUACAGCCCUUCAGAACAAGACAUGUAUGCUUGAGGUACUUUUUCUAGUGGCAUUCAUUGUUUGAGGUGUCAGAAGUGACUUCACUUCAAAUAGGAGCGUUAUAUUGCUUUUCUUUGGGGGAUUUUACCUUGGUAAAGGUAUACUGGACAAGUAACAAGUAUUGCCUUCCUUGAAAAGCUCUUUUAGAAUGUCUGAAGAUGAUGAAAAAGUUAAACUCCGUCGAAUUGAACCUGCCAUUCAGAAGUUCAUCAAAGUGGCAAUUCCAACAGAUUUGGAAAGGUUAAGAAAACACCAAAUAAAUAUUGAAAAGUAUCAAAGAUGCAGACUCUGGGACAGAUUGCAUGAAGAGCACAUUAAUGCAGGACGAACAGUUCAGCAACUUCGAGCCAAUAUGAGAGAGAUGGAAAAACUUUGUUUGCGAGUCCGACAGGAAGACAUCCCAGUUCUGCAACGAAUGAUAAAUCCAGUGAAAGACGAAGCUUCAUCUGCCAUAAAACACUUCCUACAGCUCCAUUCUGAAUCUGCAGAAGAACUUAAGAGGCAACUGGAAGGACAGGAGGAUGCUUCCCUAACCAGAUCUGCAACUGUAGGAGGAGAAACUUUAUGUAACACAGAAGCGAAGGACGGGUCUCAAAGUCUAAUCCAGAUAUGUUCUCCCCUUCCUGAGAUACCUCAGAAUGAAAAUGCAGCUGAGUCAUGGGAAACAUUGGAAGAGGACUUGAUUCAGCUUAGCCAGUUGGUGACUGAGUUUUCUGUGUUAGUCAGCUCUCAGCAGGAGAAGAUUGACAGGAUUGAAGACCAUGUCAACAGCGCUGCUGCGAAUACUGAGGAGGGAACCAAAAACCUGGCGAAGGCUGCAAAAUACAAGCUGGCAGCUCUGCCCGUGGCAGGUGCAGUCAUUGGAGGAGUGGUGGGGGGUCCUAUUGGUCUCCUUGCAGGCUUCAAAGUGGCAGGAAUCGCAGCUGCGCUUGGCGGUGGGAUUUUGGGUUUCACAGGUGGAAAACUGAUACAAAGAAGGAAACAAAAACAGAUUGAGCAGGUCUCUUGCAGCUGUCCAGAGCUUUCUUGCCGAAGUGCCAAAAAAUCCAGCUGAAGCAUAAACUCGUUAUGAGGAGGAAGAGAAGUCCAGUAGCUGUGCUAAUGACAGACUUGCAGCCUCCUGCUUUAAAUUUGAGGCUGAGAGGUGUGAAUUCCGCAGCAGCGCAGUUACGUGGGAGGGAUGAAACAGUGACGUCAGAACUUCGGGGCCUUUCUCUUUUCAGAUGUGAUAAGUGACUUCAGUCUUUUAACUCCAAGAACCAUGGGAUAACUUUUAAUUAUAGAAUUCUUAGAGGAGAUAUGCGAACAGCUGAUGGGUGACGGGUGCUUCAAGCUAAAUUUGCACAAAAAGCCUUUCAGAUAAAGUGAGAGAUUUAGAAAACUAGUGCUUUCUCAUGAACAUCCCCAGAAGCCGGAGCUUGUAUUACAUAAUUAUAAUAAUAAUUGUAUAUUAUUCUAAAUUCCUGUCCUCCAGAGACAGAAAAAUAAGCUCCCAUCUGUCCUUCAUGUUCAGGGCACUUUAAAAUCUCCUCUCCUUUAUCUGGAUUCCCAAACUCCUCCUAUGUAUACCACCAGGCCGGAACAGCUAUGCACAGGGAAGCACUAUCUGCCACAGAGUAAGGGUAAAACACUGGGUGAGUAAUGUGGAGAAACAUAUCUAUAUCCAGCAUGUCUGCAUCAGCCAGCUCAGAUCAGCAUCUUUUAUUAUUAUUUUUUUGUGUGAGUGUACUCCUCAGUUAUUCAAAGCGUAGUUAAGACUUAAGUAGCCAAAGCAGCAGCCCUGGCGGAAACAGUCACUUUCCAUGGCUCUUCAGCUCCUCUGCUUGUCUCAAGAACCUUGCUGAGGACGAAGCGCCAACCUCCAGCACUCUGAGCCAGGAGCCCCAGCUGCCUUUAGCAGUGCUCAGGGCCAGCUGCUGCCCUCACUUCUCGUGUCCUGGCACUGGCAGUGCUGUGGGGGGAGAGCUUCGCUGGAGGUGUGCUCCCUCCAUGGCCUUUAUCCAAGGGUGGGUAUCUUUUCUACCGAGGGUGGAGAAGCAGCAAGGCCUGGUGAGAAAUCUGUUAAAUGGGGUGGCCGUUGUGCCGGCCACUUCACAGUACAUGAUCCACCCUUGCUCAGGUCAGCCGCCCAGCACCUUUACACCCUUCAGCUCUGAGACUUCUGCUCUGUUCCCCCUGUAUGGCUGCCUCUCAGCCUUUUCAGUAGAGAUUUUGGGGCGUGCUGUUAGGGCUUUCUCUGGCUUUUUACAGUAAUAUUCUGCCUUCCUGAUUUCACUGCUUGAGAAGCCAUUUGCUUCUGUAACCUCCGCUGUUGUACACCAGAGUGCUAAUGCUUUUAUUGUGGCAUCAUCUUACUGUUCCACACGUGGUCCUACCUCCAUCCUUCGAGGAUGGUUCCCACACCACUGCUGCUGGUGGUUGGGGGAACAGAAGUUCAAGCUGGGGAGCUGCUGCUUGAAGUUCUACAUCGUUCAGCUCUUCCCGAGCUCUGUAGGAUUGCUCGAGUCCGGUUCUAAGAGUCAAACACUGUUGCCCUCAGGCUCCCUAGCAGGGAAUGCUGGAUAAAGAAGCAAACUGUACAAACAGAGAGCUCCCUUUUGUUAACCAUGGAAAGAACCAUCUGCUAAUGACAGAGAAUAGGUUUUUGUGCCUACAGACACUGUAAGCAACUGUUAAUUAUAGCACAAGCAUCUUUUUCUGAACAGUUCUUCCGUACUACUUUUACAAUGUGAUUGGAAUUGCUAUCAGCCAGAGCAGCGCAUCUAUUUUAAGUAGGGCUGAGGCUCAGGGAAGCAAUGUGUACAGGAACAGUUCUCACAAGUAACCAUGAACAUUGUCAACACAGCGUGUGCUAAAGCCAUGGUGCCUACAUCUGUAAAAUCAGCAGGAGCGGGAAACGCGACCCAAGUAAUUCAGCGCGUUUCCUCCUGUCACGCAAAAACCCUUUUCUUUAAAUGCAUCUACUUCAGCUGUAAAUACGUUUAAUGAGUUUGUAACAACUUCACGUGAAGGCUUUUAUUUCCAGUGACUGGUAAUAAUUUCUACAUUUAAUGAAAGAAACCGAGAAAGAAGUGCUGAAGUGGGAACUGUGGUCGAUUGGUUGGUAUGAUUUAAAAAAGCCGGAUCUGCUUUCCUACUGUCUGCUUCUGAACCCCGUGCACUUCAACAGCAGCAGCCACAUCAGCUACCGUGGGACCUCCUCGCUCCCCCAAGGCUGGGACAAUCCACACCCACCAAACGGAACUUCUGCCACUGCUCAGCCAGGGUUGGCUUCCCCUGUGCUCUCUCCAUAAGGCAUCUCACCCAAAGACUGUUCUCCUUCCUUGUGGCUUUAAGGAAGCCAUUUCAAACUGCUGCGCACACCCUAAAUGUGGGGGCUAUUAUUUAAGCUAUGAUUUUAUUUUUUAAAUAUAGGUGGGUUAUUUACGUGAGCAAAAUAUACGGGCAUCUGAGUAACUACACUACAUUAAAAUUGGGAGGAACGUUGGUCAGAAGAUAUGUAAGCUAUUCAUACAGCUUCCAGACCAAACCAAAGUUUUUGCCCAUCUGUAUAGAAUUGAUUUAUAAUGUCAGCUUUUAUUCCCUUUUGACAUCAAAAAGAUCGAUCCUUCAAGAAUUCUCUGUUAUUAAAAUUAUUAUUAACAUUAAAGAAUCCUGUAUUGAGUUACUACCCUA